GCUUGGAAGGCGGAAGUUUGUGUGCCGGAGGCAGCGAAGCGGAGCUGAGGUGUUGCUAGCGUUGCCUGGGGCUCUUCCGGGUCUGUGCCCCACUCCGGGGAGGCGGAGGCGGGAACCUGGAACCAUGGCUGAGCGGCAGCUGCGCAGCCUGGCAGGGUCUGGAGGCUGACCUCCCCGACGCCUGGGUGCCGACCUCUUGCUCCAGGUUUAGGUUAGCGAGGGUCGCGCUGUCCCGGCCCCCAGACCCUCAAAAUGACCGCGGCCUCCACCUCCAAGUGGGGGCUGAUCACCAACGUCGUAAACAGCAUCGUGGGGGUCAGCGUCCUCACCAUGCCGUUCUGCUUCAAACAGUGUGGCAUCGUCCUGGGGGCCCUGCUCUUGGUCUUCUGCUCCUGGAUGACACACCAGUCUUGCAUGUUCUUGGUGAAGUCGGCCAGCCUGAGCAAGAGGAGAACCUAUGCUGGCCUAGCGUUCCAUGCCUACGGCAAGGCUGGGAAGAUGCUGGUGGAGACCAGCAUGAUUGGGCUGAUGCUGGGAACCUGCGUUGCCUUCUACGUCGUGAUUGGUGACUUGGGGUCCAACUUCUUUGCUCCGCUGUUUGGAUUAUGGGUGACCAGCCACUUGCGCGUGUUCCUGCUCUUCGCAGUGUCGCUGUGCAUCGUGCUCCCACUCAGCCUGCAGAGAAACAUGAUGGCCUCCAUCCAGUCCUUCAGUGCCAUGGCUCUCCUCUUCUACGCCGUCUUCAUGUUUGUGAUUGUGCUGUCCUCCAUUAAGCAUGGCCUCUUCAGUGGCCAGUGGCUGCAGCGGGUGAGCUACAUCCGCUGGGAGGGCGUUUUCCGCUGUGUCCCCAUCUUUGGCAUGUCCUUUGCCUGUCAGUCCCAGGUCCUGCCUACCUAUGACAGCCUGGACGAGCCGUCGGUGAAGACCAUGAGUUCCAUAUUUGCCUCCUCCCUCAAUGUGGUCACCGCCUUCUAUGUCAUGGUGGGGUUUUUUGGUUACGUCAGCUUCACAGAUGCCACCGCAGGCAACGUCCUCAUACACUUCCCCUCCAACCUGGUGACGGAGAUGAUCCGAGUGGGCUUCAUGAUGUCCGUGGCUGUGGGCUUCCCCAUGAUGAUCCUUCCGUGCAGACAGGCCUUGAACACACUGCUUUUUGAACAGCAGCAAAAAGAUGGGACCUUUGCUGCGGGAGGCUACAUGCCCCCACUCCGGUUUAAGGUCCUCACCCUGUCGGUGGUGUUUGGAACCAUGGUCGGUGGAGUCAUGAUCCCCAACGUGGAAACCAUCCUUGGCCUCACAGGGGCGACGAUGGGGAGCCUCAUCUGCUUCAUUUGCCCAGCUCUGAUCUACAGGAAAGCUCACAAGAGUGCCCCGACAGCCCAGGUGGUACUCUGGGUCGGCCUGGGUAUCCUGGUGGUCAGCACACUCACUACCCUGUCUGUGAGUGAAGAAGCACCUCUGGACUUGACCAAGCAAGACACUCAUGGCGGCCGGCGAGGAGAUGGCGAGGGCGGGAUGAAGAUGGAGGCAGCCCGGCUGUCAGUCCAGGAUCCCAUUAAAGUUGCUGCUGAAGAGAGCCAGGAGAAGCUGAAGCCGCCAGAGGACAAAGAGGUGCUGGAGCAGGCCCAGAUUAAGGGUCCAGUGGAUGUGCCUGGAGGGGAAGCCCCCAAGGAGAAGCAGGAAGCCGCACAGCUAGAUCGCCCAGGGCAAGGCAUUGCUGUCCCUGUGGGUGAGGCCCAUCGCCAUGAGCCUCCCAUUCCUCAUGACAAAGUAGUUGUGGAUGAAGAUCAAGACCAAGAAGGGCCGGAAGAGAAAAGGCCACCUCCCAGGCUCCCAGAUGAAGGAGACCCUGGGGCCAGGGGCCAGGUGGCACUGCCUCCACCUGAGUCAGAGAGAGAGCAGCAGGAGCCUGAGAGGGGAGAGGAAAGGCAGAGACCUGAGCAGGCCCUGGCAGUGAGGGAAGCUGAGCAUCCUCAGAAGGCUCCAGAAGCAAAUGGCCAGCCACCUGUCCAGCCCAGGAAGGAAGAUUCCGGACCAGGCAAUGGGGAUCUGCCUGCAGCCCCCGAGGCCGGGCUGCCUGGAAAGCACGCCGAGGUGGCAAAUGACGGUGAGGAGGCUGCACGGAAGGCUGGAGGCAGCCCGUGGAAGCCCGUGCAGAGUGCCGUGGAGAGCAAUGUUGGUGGGAAGGCGGGCCUCCCUGUGCACAGGCCUGAGGCUGCAGAGCAGAGGGAGCAGCAGGAGGCCGAGCCACCCCCUGGAGACCAGGCCGGGAGCAAGCUGGAAGCUGAGAUUAAAAAGCUAGUAGCAGAAGCUGGGAGGGCAGAGAUGCUGGACCAUGCCGUGCUGCUGCAGGUGAUUAAAGAGCAGCAGGUGCAGCAGAAGCGCCUCCUGGAUCAGCAGGAGAAGCUGCUGGCCGUGAUUGAGGAGCAGCACAAGGAAAUCCGGCAGCAGCGACAGGAGGAUGAGGAGGACAAGCCUAAGGCUGCCGACACGCAGCCAGAGCCUGGGAUGGCUGUACUCAGAGGACAGGAGGCAGCGGCCCCGGAUGAGCAUGCUGGGGAGACAUUGGAAGACGACCCUUCAAGGCCUUUGCAACCUGUGCUUGGAGCUCCCAGGGGUCACCCUGCUCCUUUGCAAGACGUGGGCCAGCACCCCCUGGGGGAAGCCAAGGCGCUGCCAGGCAGAGAGCUUGCUGCCGGCCCUGCUGGUGACUCCGACUCAAAGCCCCAGGGGUCCCUGACUAAGCUGAGAGAUCCGCAAGGUGCUGCACUCAAGGUGGCUGGAGCUGUGAGGGAGCUGGUCCCAGGGGACCUGGAGCCAGUGCUCAAGCCGGACCCUGCUGGGGAACCCAAGAGUCCAGAGAAGCAGCUUGUAGAGGAAGUCGCCAGGCAGCGCCAAGAUGUCUUUGGUGGAGGUUCCCAAGGAAGGAAGGAAACUAAAAAGGAAGCAGUGGCCCCUGGUCCUGAUGCUCAGGAAGAUGCUGCCCAGCCCUUGCCAGGGGCAGAAGCUGGGGACUCUCGCACAAAGUCCAAGAAAUCCGGACCCACCGUGGCCCCAGCUAAUAUGCCAGCAGGUGUAGGCUUUCAGCCCCAGGCCAGGUUUCAGCAAGAACUCCAGGACAGCUUUGACAAAAGUCAGGGUUCUCACCCAGAGGUAAGACGUGAGACUUCCCAAGGGGUUCACAUACAUGCCGAGGAGCAGCACGGAGCCAAGGGGGAUGCCGCCAACCAGGAGGCAAAGCAGAGGCCAGAUCUGAACUCUGGGCCCAGACCAGCUGUGCCUGGGGGUCAGAAGCCAGAGCAUGCCAAACCCAACCGAGACCCAAAAGUGGAGGCUGGUUCUGACCUCCGGAGGAGACGGCGGGAUCUUGCCUCUCCUCCAGAGAAGGAGCUAGCCCCCAGGGAUGGAGUCAUCAUUAGCUUUAAUUCCCUGCCUAAUGUGCAGGUGAAUGACCUCCGCAGUGCCCUGGACACCCAGCUCCGCCAGGCUGCAGGGGCCGCCCUGCAGGUGGUCCACAGCCGGCAGAUUAAACAGCUGCCUGGAAACUUAGAGGAGGCCUGAGAGCCUGCUCAGGGAAGGCUGCUACAGGACACUGGGCAGCAGCUGGUGCUCUCUGGCGCAACUGUGACUGGACCACAUUCUUAUGUCCCCAGGGAUUGGUAUCUAAGUCUCAUGAUGAGUUGUCAAAGUCUAACCCGCCACCCGACCCUAGACAUCCUUGUUACUUUGUGGCAUCACUUGCUCCAAGGCUAUGCCAAAGCACUAGCCCAAGAAUGCUUUGGUCCUCGAGCCAGCCCAGGAAAGGCAUUGCAGAGGCUCAGUUCCAGCGCUGCCCAGUCUGGCCAGUGAUAGGCACUUGACAGUCUUGCAGCCAGAUUCCACUCUGCCUUGAGAUGCCAUGCUCUCUAUGAUGCAGAAAACCUGCAAGAAGCAUCUCUGGUCUGCCCUAGGGAUGCCUGGGGUGGGUGUGACUUGACUUGGCUCGGGGAAGGAGGUACAUGGCCCUCCUGGUUUCCUGUCAUCCACAUUCUUUGAAAUUGAUUAUGAAACCAAAAAAUAAAAUGCCACUAACA